UUGAAGAAAAAAGAAGAAAUUGAAGACAACAAAGAAGAAAUUGAAGAAAACAAAGAAGAAAUUGAAGAAAACAAAGAAGAAAUUGAAGAAACAAAGAAGAAAUUGAAGACAACAAAGAAGAAAUUGAAGAAAACAAAGAAGAAAUUGAAGACAACAAAGAAGAAAUUGAAGAAAACAAAGAAGAAAUUGAAGAAAACAAAGAAGAAAUUGAAGAAAACAAAGAAGAAAUUGAAGAAAACAAAGAAGAAAUUGAAGAAAACAAAGAAGAAAUUGAAGAAAACAAAGAAGAAAUUGAAGAAAACAAAGAUGAAACCUCAAUUGUUCACAAAGAUGAGAUCAAGGAAGAAAAAAUUGUUGAAGAAACUCCAAACGCUGAUGAAGAAAAAGCUGAAUCUAAGGAAGAAAAUGAAGAAAAUCAAGAGAAAAUCAUAA